GCUUCCCCAGAAAACUACAGAUAUGCCAUAUAAGUUUUGCAAACUGCUUGUGAGUUGGUUCAGUUAGACCAGAGCAGCCGAAACAACAAAGCUUGCAGUUGUCUUUUGGAUUUCAUUGUGAAAAGCCUUUGGGUAGUUUUUAGAUGACAGGAGAUCCUUGGUUCCUGAAAGUGAGGAGUUCUGCCAAAACUUUGAAGAUCCCUGUAAAGUUUGCAAAUUACCCAUCUUUUGGAGACAAUUAUAUCAAACGAUAUCAUGGAUUACAAUACCUGAGAAGUGUUUAGAGCCUGGAAGAUCAUUUAUGUUUGGCAUUAACUCUUAUGGUCAUAAUUUCAAGUGGAGAGAAAAAGAAUACACAGGAACCCUCUUAUUAUCUUUUGAAAUAUGAAGAUCACAGGAAAAGAAGGGUUUAAACUGGGGAGUGAUGGUCCUCACAACCUGUCUGUACAUUAACUGGCAUCCUACGCCUAUAAAAACAACAAGGCUUUCCAGGCACAGUGUGGACCUCAUGAGCUGUUAGCCUUGCUUUGAGAUCUGCGUUUUUAUACACCACAGGAGGAAAGUGCAGCCUGUGGGGCAGGGUACCUAUACAAAUGUUGGACUGAUACACUGACUGGGGAGCCAAAUUCAGGAACUAACACUCCACUGGUGAGGAAAAAAAGAAGCAUGGACAGCACCAAAGAUGAUGAAAAACUACUGAAGAGGAUUGCAUUUCCAGGAUCUGUAUCCCCGGCUAACAGCCACAUGCACCCCCAUGGGGUACCCCUGAGAGAGCCCUUUGGGGUUCCCUUCCACCUGGACCCAUCUUACUGGGAGCAAGCCUAUAGUGGGCACACAGGUCGCAUCUCCUACAUCCCAUUUCCUGGCUACAUGGGCAUCUAUGACUAUUCCUUUGAGCCUGCCUUCAUUCGGAAGAGAAAUGAGAGGGAGAGGGAGCGGGUGCGCUGCGUCAACGAGGGCUACACGCGCCUCAGGGAGCACCUGCCCAAGGAAUUCACCGACAAGCGCCUCAGCAAAGUGGAGACCCUGAGAGCUGCAAUAAGCUACAUCAAACACCUGCAGAGCUUGCUGGACUGCCAUCCCUUAGGCUCUUCCAGUAAGGAAACUCUCUCUUCCAAGGAAAGCCCAGGAACUCCCGGUCCGGCUUCCCUGCGGGAGUGCAACAGCGAUGGAGAGUCCAAAACAUCUUCAGCAUCAUCCCCCUACAGUGAAUUUGAGGAGAUGGGCAGCUAGGUCUCCUCUCUGGACACAGAAAGCUUCAAGAUUGGCUGAAAAACAAUUUCAAACCCUGGGGAAUAUUUUACAGGUGAAAAUUAAUAUCAGGGAAAGGAAAAACAGAUAGGGAAGGCAAGAAAGAAGGUGCUUUCAGUUUGUCAAAGGACUUAAAA